UCAACUAGGAAGUAGCACGAGAGUCACCGCUGAAAAUGUUUACAUUUAGUUUAACGCUCGUACGACAUGGGGAGACACAGUACAACAGAGAAAAGCUGCUGCAAGGACAAGGUGUGGACACGGUCCUGUCAGAAACAGGUCUGCAGCAGGGUGAGGCGGCAGGACAAUAUCUCAGAGAUAUCACAUUCAAUAAUGUGUUUGUCAGUAACCUACAGCGGGCCAUACAGACAGCUGAAAUAAUUCGGAGGAACAACACUCACUGUUCUGGCACGGAGAUGGUUUUGGAGCCAUUACUCAGAGAGAGGGGUUUUGGUGUAGCUGAAGGACGUCCUAAAGAGGAUCUAAAGAACAUGGCUAAUGCUGCUGGCCAGUCGUGUCGUGACUUCACCCCUCCAGGAGGAGAGACUUUGGACCAGGUGAGGCUGCGAUUCAAAAAAUUCCUCAAAGUCCUUUUCAAGCAAAUGUUGGAUGAACACGGUUGGUCAAGACCGGAUCCUUCUACAGGAGCUGUAGACUCUGCGAAAGGGACUGCAGCUGUUGCCUCAGACGUCGCUCUGGGUGGGUCGGCUGAAGACGGUCUCCAGGGGGUGGCAGUCCAUGUUUUGGCUGUGAGCCACGGCGCUUACAUCAAUGUGGCUGUCAGGCACCUUAUUGAGGACUUAAAGUGCUCUGUGCCUGCAGGGGUGAAGACAUCCCAGCUGUGUGCACCCUGUCCAAACACGGGCAUCGGUCGCUUCAUUCUUACCCUGAGCCAGUCCGAGUCCGGCCCGGUCCUCUCGGCUGCUCGCUGCGUCUUUACCAACAGGAAGGAUCACCUGGAAAUCCUCAAAGCUGCUGAAUAGUGCGGGAGUGGGAGAGACAUUUUACUGUACUGUAUGUACACAGUCUUCUGACGGGUACAAUCAUUAACACUAAAGGGAAAUAAGAGGCAGAGACCUCAAAGUUGCGACAAGUAACUGAAUGCAACAAUGCACAUGUGCGUUCUCUCAAUAAUCAAAAGUGUUUUACUGUGCAUCAGUGGUCUAACUGUGUAGUACUGUAUUGUCAAAGUUUCAUUAUCCUCCUGACUGUAGACCAGUAAGUUUUCCUCCUGUUGUACUACAUUUUUCUCUUUUAUCAUGUUAUACCAAAGUCAGAACUAUCUAAGCAUUCAACUAUUUAUUGAACAUCAGUAGAUAUGGCAUUUUUAAGUUGAGGUGUCGCCCUUGUUGCUACUUAUUUUACUUGUGCAUUACAACAUGACAGCACUGAAUCUUUGCUGAGUUUUAUACAUAUAUAUAUAUGUGUGUAUAUAUAUGUAUAUAUAUAUAUAUAUAUAUAUAAGUGGGAGAUAAUAAUGCAGGUUGCACACGUCACAAAAUACUGUGAAACUAUAUGUAUAUAUGUUUCUGGGUGGUUUAUAUUCAUAUGUGUUUCAAGCUCCUUCGUGUUCAACAGAAGUGGGUUUUUUUUUCUGUUUUAGAGUCACUUGUAAUCUCCACUGAAUGGCUGAGCGUCGCAGCCCAUGGCCUCGAUAUUUUCAACGCAAUGCCAUCUAUUUAUGUUAAAACUCUAAGGAAGACUUGAACAAAGAUGGGGUUAGGGUUAGACAUAUAACAGGAAACAGUGGUAGGAGACCUGUCUCUUUAUACAGCUCUUUCUGUCCAGCACCUGUCUCACUGAGGUUUUGUGGAUGUGCACUGGACUACUGCAAAUUACUUAACAGAAUGUAACGGUAUACUGACAGGAGACAUGUCGCUAGAUUUCUGUUUCAUGGUAUUUAUACAUUAUUUGGGAGUGUUAGGUAUGUGUUUUUCCCCAUCAUUACAAACUGCAUAUCUGUUGUGCAUAUUCUGCUCAUUUCCACGUCUUUAUAGGUACACAAUUUAAAUAUAAGUUAUAUAAUAAUUGGGUGAAAACGACACUAUACACUAAGUCAGCUGCUUCUAGUACAACAUUUCAGAACUGUUUCUUUUAUUUAUGGUAUUUUAUUUUUUUUAAGGUCAGUUAACAGCUGACCUUCAAGCUUUGGGAAAUGAUGGUAAAAUUGUCAACACUCGUUUGUGAUGGCUACAACCAGCAGUCGUUUAGCUUAGCUUAGUUUAGCCUGAUUUAUCUUAGCUUAGCACAAAGACUGAAAAUGGGAAGAAACAACUCUGUGUGAAUGUAGCUAAAUCUGCCUACCAGCUCCUCUAAAGCUCACUAAUUAACAAUGUUAACAAUGUUUGUUUAAUGUGAAGCAGAACGGGGUGUAAAGACGACAGCUCGCCGUUUCACGGAUAUUUGUGUGUCUGACUAUUUCUUGGCUUGGAGCUGUACACUUCCUGGAAUCUCUGCUGGUUACCUGGCAACAGCAGAAGCGUCUUUCCCAACAUGUCGAACUAUUCCGGUGUCUUGUCAAAGGUUAAUGGGGCGACAAUGACCAAUUUAACUGUUAGUUGAAGCAAAACUGGAACUAAGUGUAUUUUUAGAGCGACAUGACUCAGCAGCUACUCAUGUACCUGUGUGCUAAUUUAGCGGAAGAGCUGUGACGGUGCAGCUAAUGAGCGGAAAUGCUUCGCAACUGGGUCAGUGUUAAACUCAGCAUAUUCAUGACUUCCCUUCAGACACAGGUAAAAGCAGCAAAGCUUGAAAAUUCACAGCUGCGUCGGUUCACAUAAAAAAAAACCCACACAGCACUGAACAGGUUUGCUUCAUUAGUUUAUUAUGUCCCAGAUUCAAGCAACACUCCAUCUACAACCCCAACUCAUACAUUCAAACAUAAACUCUUACAUGUACAUUUAACUGUAAAGCAUCCUUAUAAAUACCAUAAAUAACAACAAAGGAAUGGAAUUAAAUAAAUAAAUACUCUU